AACUCUAGGGAGAGACAGACGUUCUACUUUCCUCGCUGCGUAGUUAUUUCGCUAACGCUGUGACUCACCAUGCCUUUGGAUAUUAAUGAAUGGACAGGUUCUCUAGCUCUCACUGAGGUGGAGGAGAAACCAGCCAAGCCUUUAACCGUUAAAUAUGGGGCUUUGGAAAUUGACGCGCUGGGAAAAGUCCUCACACCCACUCAGGUGCAGAACUGCCCAACAUCAAUUGAAUGGGAGGGUUGUGACCCCAGUAAGCUAUACACCUUGGCACUGACCGAUCCAGAUGCACCCAGCCGAAAAGACCCGAAAUUUAGGGAAUGGCACCACUUCCUUGUCAUCAACAUGAAAGGAAAUGACAUCUCCAGUGGUUGUGUCAUGUCUGAUUAUGUUGGUUCAGGCCCCCCAAAGGGAACAGGCCUGCAUCGUUACGUGUGGCUGGUUUAUGAACAGUCAGGUAGUAUCAGCUGUACCGAACCUGUUCUCACUAAUCGCUCUGGAGACAACCGUGGAAAAUUCAAGAUCCAGAGUUUCCGUAAAAAGUAUGGCCUCGGUGCUCUGGUUGCUGGGUCUUGCUAUCAGGCAGAGUGGGACGACUACGUGCCCAAACUUUACGAACAGCUGGCUGGCAAAUAA